UAUUGCCCGUGCGGGAGGCGGCUGGGCGGGAGGGUUGUGGGCGGGGGGGCGGCUGCCGGCGCCGCUCCCGCCAGCGCCCCGGUGGGGGGAGGAGGAGGACGACGACAACAACAACGACAACAACAACAACGACGACAGCGAGGAGGAGGAGGAGGGUCGCCCUCCCGCCAGCCCGCCUAACGGGGUGCGGCGGCGGCUGUAAGGGCGGCUCUGAGGGGUUGCGAGCGCUACUGGGGCGCUGCCCGUCGUGGGCGGCGGCCGCGGGCCGGCUCUUGGAGACGGGAGGCCGCGGCUGGAAGGUUUAAGUGUACAAAUCACUGCUUGAAAAACUUUCAGUACAAAGCUAUCUAAAGACUUAAAAAUGCCUCCACGACCAUCAUCUGGCGAACUAUGGGGCAUCCACUUGAUGCCACCGAGGAUCCUUGUGGAGUGUCUUCUCCCAAAUGGAAUGAUAGUGACUCUAGAAUGCCUCCGUGAGGCCACCUUACUAACUAUUAAGCAUGAACUCUUUAAAGAAGCGAGAAAAUACCCUCUCUAUCAGCUUCUUCAAGAUGAAUCAUCUUACAUUUUUGUAAGUGUUACACAAGAAGCAGAAAGAGAAGAAUUUUUUGAUGAAACUCGGAGACUUUGUGACCUGCGACUAUUUCAGCCUUUUCUAAAAGUCAUUGAACCAGUAGGUAACAGAGAAGAAAAGAUUCUUAAUAGAGAAAUAGGUUUUGCUAUUGGCAUGCCUGUCUGUGAAUUUGACAUGGUUAAGGAUCCAGAAGUACAAGACUUCAGAAGAAACAUUCUUAAUGUUUGUAAAGAAGCAGUGGAUCUUCGAGAUGCCAACGCACCACAUAGUAGAGCAUUAUAUGUCUGUCCUCCAAAUGUAGAGUCUUCACCGGAGCUACCCAAACACAUAUACAAUAAACUAGAUAAAGGGCAAAUUAUAGUGGUGAUAUGGGUAAUAGUCUCACCGAACAAUGAUAAGCAGAAAUACACCUUAAAAAUAAAUCAUGACUGUGUGCCUGAGCAAGUUAUUGCUGAAGCAAUUAGGAAGAAAACACGAAGUAUGUUGCUAUCAUCUGAACAACUUAAACUUUGUGUCUUGGAGUACCAAGGCAAAUAUAUUUUAAAAGUGUGUGGCUGUGACGAAUACUUGCUAGAAAAAUAUCCCCUGAGCCAGUAUAAGUAUAUAAGAAGCUGUAUAAUGCUUGGUCGCAUGCCCAAUCUGAUGCUGAUGGCUAAGGAAAGCCUAUAUACCCAGCUACCACUGGACACCUUUACAAUGCCAUCUUACUCCAGACGUAUCUCUACAGCUACACCCUACAUGAAUGGAGAAGCUACAGCCAAAUCCCUCUGGACUAUAAACAGUGCCCUCAGAAUAAGGAUCCUCUGUGCAACCUAUGUAAAUGUGAACAUCAGGGACAUAGACAAGAUCUAUGUUAGAACAGGUAUCUACCAUGGAGGGGAACCUUUGUGUGACAAUGUGAAUACUCAAAGGGUACCUUGUUCUAAUCCCAGAUGGAAUGAAUGGCUGUUGUAUGACAUGUACAUCCCUGAUCUUCCACGUGCUGCUCGGCUCUGCCUUUCCAUCUGUUCCGUUAAAGGCCGGAAGGGUGCUAAAGAGGAGCACUGCCCAUUGGCUUGGGGAAAUAUAAACAUGUUUGAUUACACAGACACUCUUGUAUCUGGGAAAAUGGCUUUGAAUCUUUGGGCAGUACCUCAUGGGCUGGAGGAUUUGUUAAAUCCUAUUGGUGUUACUGGAUCAAAUCCAAAUAAGGAAACUCCAUGUUUAGAGCUGGAAUUUGACUGGUUUAGCAAUCCUGUAAAGUUUCCAGAUAUGACAGUGAUCGAAGAACAUGCCAACUGGACUAUAUCACGGGAAUUGGGCUUUAACUACAGCUAUGCAGGGCUGAGUAACAGAAUAGCUAGAGAUAACGAAUUAAGAGAAAGUGACAAGGAGCAACUUCGAGCCAUAUGUACACGAGAUCCUUUAUCUGAAAUCACUGAGCAAGAGAAGGACUUCCUCUGGAGUCACAGACAUUAUUGUGUGAAUACUCCAGAAAUUCUGCCCAAAUUACUUUUGUCUGUUAAAUGGAAUUCUAGAGAUGAAGUGGCUCAGAUGUACUGUUUGGUAAAAGAUUGGCCUCCGAUCAAGCCAGAGCAAGCAAUGGAGCUUUUGGACUGUAAUUAUCCAGAUCCAAUGGUGCGAGCUUUUGCAGUUCGGUGUCUAGAGAAGUACUUGACAGAUGACAAACUGUCUCAGUACUUAAUCCAGCUAGUACAGGUUCUGAAAUAUGAACAGUAUUUAGAUAAUCAGCUUGUGAGAUUUUUACUCAAGAAGGCACUGACCAAUCAAAGGAUAGGACAUUUCUUCUUUUGGCAUUUAAAGUCUGAAAUGCACAAUAAAACUGUAAGUCAGAGGUUUGGUUUGCUUCUGGAGUCCUAUUGUCGGGCAUGUGGAAUGUACCUGAAGCAUCUGAGCAGGCAGGUGGAGGCUAUGGAGAAGUUGAUUAACCUCACAGAUAUUCUCAAGCAGGAAAAAAAAGAUGAGACCCAAAAGGUACAGAUGAAGUUUCUUGUUGAACAAAUGAGACGGCCAGAUUUUAUGGAUGCUUUACAAGGUUUUAUCUCUCCUCUUAAUCCUGCACAUCAACUGGGAAAUCUUCGGCUUGAGGAGUGCAGGAUAAUGUCAUCUGCAAAAAGGCCCCUGUGGUUGAACUGGGAAAACCCAGAUAUUAUGUCUGAAUUAUUAUUUCAAAACAAUGAGAUAAUAUUUAAAAAUGGAGACGACUUGCGUCAGGACAUGCUGACACUUCAGAUAAUUAGAAUUAUGGAAAACAUCUGGCAAAAUCAGGGUCUUGAUCUUCGGAUGUUGCCUUAUGGUUGUUUGUCUAUUGGUGACUGUGUGGGACUCAUUGAGGUGGUGAGGAGCUCUCAUACGAUCAUGCAGAUUCAGUGUAAAGGAGGCUUAAAAGGAGCACUGCAGUUCAACAGCCAUACAUUGCAUCAGUGGCUCAAGGACAAGAACAAAGGAGAAAUGUAUGAUGCAGCUAUUGACUUGUUUACACGUUCUUGCGCUGGCUACUGUGUUGCUACCUUUAUACUGGGCAUUGGUGAUCGCCACAAUAGUAACAUCAUGGUAAAAGAUGAUGGACAACUGUUUCACAUUGACUUUGGGCACUUCCUUGAUCACAAGAAGAAAAAAUUUGGUUAUAAAAGAGAGCGUGUGCCAUUUGUCUUAACACAAGACUUCUUAAUAGUAAUUAGUAAAGGAGCCCAAGAAUGUACCAAAACAAGGGAGUUUGAAAGGUUUCAGGAGAUGUGUUAUAAGGCUUAUCUAGCAAUUCGGCAGCAUGCCAAUCUCUUCAUAAAUCUUUUCUCCAUGAUGCUUGGCUCAGGAAUGCCAGAACUGCAGUCCUUUGACGAUAUUGCAUACAUUCGAAAGACCCUUGCAUUGGACAAAACUGAGCAGGAAGCUCUUGAGUAUUUCAUGAAGCAAAUGAAUGAUGCUCACCAUGGUGGUUGGACAACAAAAAUGGACUGGAUCUUCCACACAAUAAAGCAACAUGCUUUGAACUGAAAUGAAAGCAAAGAAAACAAGAACUGAUAGCCCACUUUGUGGGUACUGCACUGUUAAUACCUGUUAGCAGCAAUGACUGGUUGCAUAGGAAUUGCACAAAUCACAAACACUAGAAUUUAUGGCAAGCAAAGAGAUGAACUGUUCAGACAACUGUUGGAAAGUAAUGUAAAACAGGGUUUCAGAUAGCACUAAAAUUGUACGCUUCAAAAAUUAAGCUUUAGUAUGAUGUGUGACUUCAUGUUAUGCCUUAAGCCCAAAAGGUAAACUUGGAAGAAUGUUUCCUUUUUUCAUUUGAUAGGAUAAAUUAGAAGGAAAAAGAAAAUAGUGCUAGCAUGAACAUAGUCCAUCACAUAUUACCUUAGAUCUGGUACAGCAAGUAGAGACUAUGCUGGAUUGAGAAGAGUGAAAAGAGAAUUCAAGUGAUAGAAAAUAUUUAAAUGCAGCAUAGUUUGUAAGGGAAGAAGUUUUAAGCUCAAAGAUCUAAAAACAAUAGUGAGAGGACAGUGCCUUUUAAAUGUGCUCAGAGGCAUUAACGCUUAUGGGGUUUAGAUGACCCUUUGAUUUCUGGGUCCGUCACCUGCACAGUUUCCGAAAGCAGUAGGAAAUAGGUCCAUUCAGUAUGGUGUUUCUUCUGCUCAGUAUUUCUAGGGGUGCAAUUCAUACCUUCACAAAGAAACUCCCUAUCAUCCCCCAAAACUGACUAACCUGGAAAUGGAAUGGUCAGAAUUGGGUUUAGUGCAACGGAGAGUUGUAGUGUUCAUCUUAGGUUUGCUUUAAUCUAACUUGAACUGAAUAGAUUUUUUUCAUACAUGUUUUCCAGUACCUAAAGAAAGGUGAGUUAUUAAAAUUAUUGAAAGAUUAUUUUUUUAUAAAGGCUAUUUAUAUAAUAGGAACUAUUAUUAAUAUAUAUUCUUUAUUUACAUGAUUUGUCCAAUAUUCACUCUUUUAAUUUUGCAGCCCAGUUCUAUCUGUCCAAGACUCCCGUUUCCAUUAAUGUCACUGAAGGUGACCAGAUAUACUCCUAGGACCAAAUUCAACCCUGGUGAAAGAGGACACAAGUACCAUUGAAGUAGUGGGAGAUAUACCCACUAAUGCCAGAGGUGAACUUGGCCUAAGUCUCUUCACAAGUUUUUGGGCAUCACUCUUCACGUUACUGAAGUGAUAUGCUGGCUAUUCAAGGAAUGUACAUUUAAACCCUCAAUCCUUGGGUCCACCAUUUCUCUUCUUUCUUCCUCCUUUGGAAGUGGUUGUUUAAUCCAGUAACAGACACAUCAGAAACAGCAAUUUAGAUUUUCAACAUGAUCAAUAAUAAGCAGUUCAACAUACAGCAGAUAAGUUGGCUAGCUCAAAGCAUGUGGAGUUACCAAACAUUUUAUACCUUUGUCUGUUUUGUGUGUGUAAUAUAUAUUUGUAAAUCUAGUUGUUGUCCUCUAACACAAUUACAAUGUGUGCAAUCAAUUAAAUUGGCACCACUUUUUGAAACUGGUCAGAGUACUGAGGAUUUCAGACUGCCCUUAUUGCACAACUUCAGGUAGGACUGUUUUUCUAAUUAUUAAACAGUUUUUUUAAUUAGUGAAGCCCAUGAUUCUGAGGGUAAUGUUCACCCUAACAUUUUAAACUUGUUAGAUUGGCAGCACUUGGAGUGAAUUCCAAAGGUUUGGGGCUUUCGGGGGUUCAGCUUAUUCUCUUGCAAACACGCACCAAGGUGCCACUCAAAGUGCAAUACCACAUGUAAUAUAAAAUAUGCUGACAGCUGGUGUUAGAUUAGAAUAUAAGUAUAUAACUAAACUGUACUUUGUGGAGGCUGUACUAAUGAGGUAAUGAGUGGUUGGCUUCAUUUAGCAAAUUGUAAUAUAUUAAAAAUGUGCAAUCAAUUACAUUAUGAAAGACUUUGGGGAUUGUAAAGCCAGGACUUUGGUCUUUCAAGAUACUUUCAUAGUCAAGAUCCUGCAGUUGAUUACUGCACCCAUGGAUACUUGAUGUUAUGGGGAGAAACCUGUUUUUGUGGACACUACAGAAGUUCCAAGAAUAGUAUGGGGAAUGUGAAACUUGAUUUCCUUCAUUCUGCUAAAUAUUUUGGAGUAGUCAAAUAGACUUCCCAUUGCUCUCUUUAUUGACUGUUACAUAUUCCUUUUUGUUCAUAUGAAUAUUUUAACUCCUGCUAACCUUGGUCAUACUUUCCAGACAAAAUUACCCUUGUAUGUGUUACUUUGCAGUCAAACCACUCUGGUGGUUAGAUCUUUUAAAACAUGGCUUAGUUUCAAUUUGAAUUUAGUUCUCAAUCUGAAACCCCGUUGGCUGUAACCCUUAAUUUAACUGAGUAAAACUGUUGCACAAAUGCUACAUUAGGUGCUAUAUUAUCCUUAUUUAUCUGGUAUUGAAACAAUGCUUUACCUCAUUUAUCUAAGAUGGUCAGCCUAUUCCAACCUGGAUUAAAAGAUCAGCUCAAAUCUAUUGGAUGUUAUGACCCCAACUUCUUUUGUACUUUGCCCCUUUCUAGCCAUUUACUUCUGUAAAUAUGAAUAUAAAUGUCUUUCAGUUCAAGCAUAGUGUUCUGCACCCUUUUUGCACAAACAGAAAGGUAUGAGGAAUCAGGCUCUGUUUCCAAAAGUUACUGCAACUAAAUACUGUGCAUAGCUGUAGAAGUUAUGAACAUCAAAUAGUAAAAGGAAAGAAACUUCAUAGCGAUACAGACAUAAUACAAUUUGGGAAAAUUAUAGCCUUUAAACAAAAUUGUUAAAAAGUAGGAGAAGCUUAUGGGCUUUAAGCAGUUCUUACUAUAACCGGGAUGGGUAUUUGAAAAACAUUGUGCUGGUGUUCCAGGAAAAAAAAAAGUAGUUUUUUCAGCCUCAAAAUGUACAACCCUAAUUACCUUACCCUGUUACACCAGUUUUGUGCUGAUGUGACUUCACUGAAGGUAGUGGAGGUACUACUUACUUACAUUGGUGUAAACGAGAGGAUGUCAUCUAUUCUCAGUAUCAGAAAUCAAAUCUGUUUACAGACUGUGGAAGCACCUGUAACAGAGCUCUAGAUUUUUACAGAGAUUGCUUGGAAUUUGGAUUUUUUAUUUUUUAAAUAUUCCCAUUUCAUGGAGGUUUAGAGAUGUUCCCUUUAUUCUGAGAAUCAGCUUCACAAAACACUACAUAACUUUAAGCUUGAAUUAAAUCUGAACACCUUGCUCCUGCAAAACAUUACAGUAGGAUUACCAGAGCGAGGAGCCCAGGAUUGGGCCAUAUGUUUUAUUACAAAGCACUACGAAAUGGUGAUUUAGUGAAAUAUUAAUUUAAAGACAGUAACUUUUUCAACUGUGAAACUAUGUUUGAUUUUGACAGAACAGGAUGCUGCUGCUAAGUUUUUCUUAAAAAUGUAUUAUUUGCUUUCCUAAAGGUAGCAGAAAAAGCACCUGUACUGACAUACGCACUCUUUUCUGUUCUGAAAGGGUGCACUAGUAGGUUUUUCUUAUAGGUGAAACAGACUUUCAGUACAAUUUUUAAAAUGAAAACAUUUAAAUAAAAUCAAAAUCAUUAGUGGUUUGGCAUCUUGUGGAGAAGAUAGAAGCCUGCGUAUUAAGGGCAAUAUAGAAAUUACCAAGCUUAUAGAGAACUUUGUAUGUGAUGACCCUGCUGGUGGUGGUUUGGAGGGUUGUUUUUGUUUUUUUUUUUCCAACUUUCCCUUUUAUGUAAAAUAUUAAAAACCCUUUACUGGUCAGUAGCCCAUGUUUGUUGACAAUUUGAAGGUAUUUUCUUUGCUUUGUCAUUGUAUAACUGGCAUGUUCCAACAUCUGUUCUUAAUAAUAAUUGUGAAUUCCUCCUGUUCUGCAUGUCUGUACAGGUUGCAGACCUGGGCUGGACCCAUUCAAAAAAAAAAAUAUCAAAAAAAGCCACUUGAAAUUACUAUUUUGUUGAUGUUUUUGACAUCUUGAAAAUGCUUCAAGUUAAUGAAAAUGGCGUGGUAUUACAGAAAGAAUUGUAACUUGCUGCUUCUAAGAUUAUUUUUUUUUUAACUUCUUUCUCUUGUUUUAGUUUUACUUGAAUCAAAGAAGAACCACACUUGGUUUUUUAAAUACUAUAUAGCUGUGGAUGUUGUUGCAGAUUGUUGAAUCCCAAAUUAAUUUUUCAAUGUUUCAUACGAAUAAUGAAUUUGUAUCUUUUUUUUUUGUGCUGAAAGUUGUCUCAGUUUAGGUAAGGCUCUAUCUGUCCAAAAUGAUGUGUAGCUCACCACGCCUGCAGUUGGUGUGGGGUUUUUGUUUUUUUGUUUUGUUUUGUUUUAUAUUUACAUCUGUGUUAAUAAAGGGAGGCCAACUGGAAA